CAGAGCAAGAGAGCUAGUGGGCGACGAGAGAGAGGAGUCGGUCCAGGGCUUGCCUGGUGUGCUGGUUUCAGACCUGCUUAGAGCGAGCCCCGGGUGUAGCGCUGCUGCGAUCCGGUUGCAAGGCGCGCGGAGCGCCCAGAUGUGGCGGCUGCUGGAGCAGGGCGCUCUUCCAGUGUGAGCGGCUUCUGCAAGAACCCAUUAGCCGAGGCUGGGCUCUAGGAAAGGGGGCAGCAGCCAUCCGCCUGUCUGUAGCAGCAGCAGCAGCAGCAAUACCAACAGCCGACGGGUUUUGAAGGGGUCAAUGCGCUGCCCGGCCGGGGCAUUUCUUCGUAGCGCGGCAAGGUGAAGCGAGCCCUGGAGAGAGCGGGCGGCGACGGCGACGGAGAGACGAGGCGGGAGGGUUAAAUGGAUCGCCACUCCAGCUUCAUCUUCGUCUGGCUGCAACUGGAGCUGUGCGCCAUGGCCAUCUUGCUGACUAAAGGUGAAAUUAGAUGCUACUGUGAUGCUGCACACUGUGUCGCAACAGGCUAUAUGUGCAAAUCUGAGCUCAGCGCAUGCUUCUCUAGACUGCUUGACCCGCAGAAUACACAUUCUCCUCUUGCCCACGGCUGCUUGGACUCUCUUGCAAGUACAUCAGAGAUCUGUCAAGCUAAACAGGCACAAAACCACUCUGGCACUACCAUCCCCACGUUGGAGUGUUGCCAUGAAGACAUGUGCAAUUACAGAGGGCUGUAUGAUGUUCUCUCUCCUUCCAGAGGGGAGGCUUUGGGACAAGGAAGCAGAUAUCAACAUGAUAACAGCAGAAACCUCAUCACCAAGGUUCAGGAGCUGACUUCCUCUAAAGAACUCUGGUUCAGGGCAGCCGUAAUUGCUGUCCCUAUUGCUGGUGGGCUGAUCUUGGUGCUCCUCAUCAUGCUAGCCCUGAGAAUGCUCAGGAGUGAAAACAAACGCUUGCAAGACCAGCGGCAGCAAAUGCUCUCCCGGUUGCACUACAGCUUUCAUGGGCACCAUUCCAAGAAAGGACAGGUGGCCAAGUUAGACUUGGAAUGCAUGGUGCCCGUCUCGGGCCAUGAGAACUGCUGCAUGACCUGUGACAAAAUGAGACAGCCAGAUCUCAGCAAUGACAAAAUACUUUCACUAGUCCACUGGGGAAUGUAUGGCGGGCAUGGAAAGCUGGAAUUUGUCUGAACUCUUCCUUUUGGUUUAUUUUUUUUAUAUAUAUCUAUUUUUAAACUUUGAUCUUAAAAUUACUAGGAAAACUUUUUCAAAGGCCUUUGGGUUCUGCUGGACAGGAGCACUUUAUAUGGGGAACAGCCUACACACAUUAAUCAUUUUUAAAGAAACAAAGGACCUCUGCUGAGCAAACCUUGGAUAUGUCUUCUGAAGGAUUCCAAAAGUUAUCUAAUUUGCACAGAGUAAAUACACUCAAAUGUAUUGUUUGCUUUAAAAUUAUGGAAGCAAAAAUGAGAAGUUAUACACACUGUUACCACAGUUGUCUGAGCUGUAGAGAGAUGAAAAUUGAGUUAUACUAUUAAACUGUAUGCAAGUUCUGAUGUAAAGAUUUUUUUAAAAUAUAAAUAUAAAUAUAUAAAUAUAUAUAUAUAAAUAUUUUGUCUGAAACCUAUUUGUGGUUUUGUGUAUGAAGCACUGACUUGCUAUAAAAUGCAUUGGCUCCCCCGCCCUUUAGUAUUUGGUGUGUUUUGCAUAAUGUGAACUCAAGUAUUCAUCCAAGUAAAUGCACACAAACUUGCA